AUGACGCACAAAGACGACGGCGCGAACAAGGGGAAGCGUAGAGCUCCAGCUUCCAAGAAGUCUUCUCCGCCGAAGGACGGCAACUCCAAAGACACAGUCACCGUCGAGAAGCCACCAUCCGCCGCCGACCUUGCCGACAUUACUGUCGAAGGCGAAGGCGACGAUAGCGUCCCGAUCUUCGACACCUGCGACGAUGUCCGUAAGAAGAUACGCGACCAUCUCGGCAAACCAGGCGUGAAACAGACCACUUUCGCCCGCGACCUCUCCGAGCUAGUCAGGUCCGAGCAGGUCCAAGCACGACACAUCAGCAAAUUCCUUACCUUCAAAGGCCCGCGAGGUAGUGGACACAACCCAGCAUUCUACGCAGGCUACAUGUAUUUCGAGAAGCUGAGGACCAAGCAAGGCGAGAAGAAGAGCGCAAAGCGCGAGAGGCUGGAGGAUGCGUGGAAGGCUGACGGAGGCUUUCCACGUGAAGGAACCCACAACAAAAGGCUGCUGAUGGUGAAGGGUGAGACUUGGAGCUAUGAUCAGUUGGGUCAAAUACAGAUCUCUGGUCAUCCGAGAGGCGGCGGCAUUAACAUGAAGCCGGCGCGCAAGUGA